CCCUCAAAAACAAAAACAAAAAAGCAGAGCAGUCUUGCAGAUAAGGAAGGAAAGCUCUGGUUCUGCGUACAGCUCCAACCAAAUUCCGACCCCUCUGCGCAGACCAAUCACCAAUGCCUGGGCCUCCUUCCACCACGUCGCUGCCGAGGCCGAGCAGGUGCUACCGCUGCCGCUCGUCGUCAUCGCCGCCACCGCCGCCGCCGCCGCCGCAGAAGCAGCGAGGCGCGGAGAGCAAGCGGCGGCCUAUCCGCGGAGCGCGGCUGCUGCUGACCCGGAGGGCGCUGGCGACGGUCGCGGUGGCGGUGGCGGGCCGCGCUAGAGCGGCGGAGAAGGACGGCGACGGCGGGGAUGGUGGCGAGGGGGUGGUGGGCGCGUUCAAGUCGCUGUUCGACCCGAACGAGGAGACCAAGGCCGGGAAGGUGCUGCCCAAGGCGUACCUGAAGGCGGCGCGGGAGGUGGUGCGGACGCUCCGGGAGUCGCUGGGGGAGGGGGACGCCGCCGGCGACUCGGCCAGCUUCCGCAGGGGCGCCGACUCCGCCAAGACGUCCAUCCGGGAGUUCAUCGGCGGCUGGAGAGGCCAGCCCGCCGUCGCCAAAGAGGAGUCGUAUGUGGCGCUGGAGAAGGCCAUCAAAUCGCUGGCGGAGUUCUACUCCAAGGCAGGGCCCUUCGCCUCGCUACCGGGAGAUGUCAAGAACAAGAUCCUGGACGACCUUAACGCCGCAGAAGCUUACCUCUAGAUCUCCUUGCCUAGCGGCAUUGUAUUUCGGGCGUAAAUUUCGUUAUACUUGUGGACGUGUCCUUUUGAUGCGACGUCAUGAGUAAAUAAAUAUUUGCAUUUUAUUCAGUUUUGCCAAUGCAGAA